UCCCUUGAAAGUCUUCGAAAAAACAGAACUAGACACAUCACAGACGAGAGCAGGCACAGAGGUCAUCUCUGCACAUGAAACAAUUCUACAACCCAGCAGAAUAGAACUAAGCGGCCGGGAAAUCCUUACUGAACUUGGUAAUGUUUCAAGCAGAGAAAGUGAAGAAAUCCCUGAAACUGAAAUUAGUUUAGAAAGUGUUUCACCUGAAAAUGAAACGUCACCACAACAAAAGCAACUUGGUGGAGAGAAGGGAAGCGGCAGAGACAAAGACAAAGAUGAGAUCGGUUUAAUGGUGGAAGAGGAAGUGGAGAGUGAAGCAGGGAUGGUUUUUGAAAAUUAUGACAUUGUCAUCUCUGAGACAUCUAAUCAGUCUUCGUCAGAGUGGAUUUCCCAGUUCAAUAAUGAAGACUUAACAGUCCAAGCUGAGACUGAAUCUCCACGACAGACUGUUAAAACAGCCAAGCAGAGGCCUGCAGUCACAGGGAUCAGAGGUCAAAGGGGACUGCAGGGACCACCUGGACUACCAGGACCACCAGGACCUAAAGGCGACAAAGGAUAUCAAGGUGUUAUGGGAAGAACCGGGCGGACAGGAUACAGAGGCCCCAUCGGUCCUCCUGGGAAGCCUGCCAUUGUUGUGUUUAAAACCUCUGAAGAAGAAUGGGAGGUUUUCAAGAAAAAGAAGAUUUACAAAAAGUUGGUGUCUUCCUGGCCAAAACGAAAGGGGCCUCCGGGGCCUCCUGGACCUCCAGGAGAUGAUGGACCACUUGGGCUGCCUGGAAUUCGUGGGAAGCAAGGACCAAAAGGAGUUCAGGGAAAAAUUGGCAGUCCUGGACCACAGGGUCUGCCAGGUCGCCAGGGCCGACCUGGAGGAGCAGGGAUCCCAGGAAAAUAUGCUGAUGCAGGCCCUCCAGGCUCACCUGGAGAACAGGGUCCAAAAGGCUACACAGGAGAGAAGGGCAGUAAAGGGGAGCUGGGUGAGUGGGGUUAUCAAGGAGAGGCUGGGCCAUAUGGAGAUAAAGGACAAAAAGGAGACAAGGGAAAUAAAGGAGUCAGAGGCCAUGUCGGGCUCCCUGGUUAUAUAGGAAUACCCGGAUCCAGGGGACCUCCCGGUUUUCCAGGACCAUCAGGAACUAAAGGAGAGAUUGGAGCGCCAGGAUUCCAUGGAUCACCAGGUCCACCUGGUAAAAUUGGCUCCAGAGGACGACAAGGAGUCUUAGGAGUCAAUGGACCUCCAGGACAUCAAGGUGAACCGGGUGUCAGAGGAGCAGCUGGAGCACAGGGAGAACCAGGUCCUGACGGCACAUUGGGUUUUCCUGGUGUCCGUGGCCCUCAGGGAAAUCCAGGACCAGGUGGGCCUUUUGGUCAUAAAGGAGAUCCAGGUGAUCAAGGAGAUCCAGGAGAUAUAGGAGAACCUGGACCACCUGGACUUUAUGGAGCCAACGGAAAUCUAGGCAAGCCUGGACCUUCAGGUGAUCCCGGGACAAAAGCCGGGCGAGGUGACAAGGGUGAUUGUGGGUUUAAGGGAGACCUAGGGUUUCCAGGGCCUCCGGGUAAACGGGGAUUAAAGGGGCGUAGAGGUCCAUCAGGAUUUGAAGGACUUGGAGGACCAACAGGGCCAGUAGGACAUCUUGGUCCCAGUGGGCUUGAUGGCAUCAUGGGAGAACAGGGAAAGCAGGGAAAAGAUGGACCAAAGGGAAAUCGAGGGCCAACUGGAAUUACAGGAGUUCCUGGGCCUCAAGCUGACAAAGGUAGAGACGGUCGAACUGGAUUUUCAGGAAUGCCUGGUCCCAUUGGUGAGAUGGGAAAAUCUGGAGAAAGAGGACGUGAAGGAGAGCCUGGUAUUAAGGGAAUCCGUGGAGUCCCUGGGGAGACUGGAACCAAAGGGCAGAAGGGUUUUCAAGGUCACUUGGGGAACAGAGGGCAGGAUGGAGCUGUUGGAGCCAUGGGCCACAUUGGUGCAAAAGGAAUGAAUGGAGACACUGGACCUCCAGGACCACGAGGAUUACCCGGAAAGACAGGAGCACCCGGCCUCCAAGGACAUGUAGGGAAUAGUGGGCAAGCUGGCAGCACAGGAAAGGAGGGAACAUCAGGAAAACCAGGAGAAAAAGGGGUCAAAGGUAAAGAAGGCCCAAGUGGACUUCCAGGGGCUGAAGGGCUUAAGGGUAAGAGAGGAAAGGAUGGACCAAGGGGAAAACAAGGCCCCCAGGGUGAGAUGGGCAUGUUGGGACCACAUGGAUACAGAGGACCUAAUGGUAUUCAGGGUAACAUUGGACCAUGGGGUGAGGUUGGGUCCCGUGGCCUUCCAGGUGACCAGGGGCCACAAGGUCCACAUGGCCCUCAUGGAGUAACAGGUUACCCAGGUAAAGAUGGACCCCAAGGACCAGCUGGAUCACCUGGACUCAAAGGAGAUAAAGGAUCAGCAGGGUCUUUAGGACAGGAGGGAGUUGCUGGUCUCGAUGGUGAGGAGGGCCCACAUGGACUGAGGGGAUCUGAGGGCCCAACUGGACCAAAAGGAUUAUCAGGUGAUAAAGGAAAUCCUGGACCUUCUGGACAGAAAAGGCCAAAGGGAGCUGAAGGUGACCCAGGCAAUCAAGGGUCACUGGGACCAAAGGGGCUUCCGGGGAAGCAGGGAUACAGUGGUCCAUCAGGAGACCGAGGAAAACAGGGAGUUCCUGGACUCAAGGGUGAGCCAGGUAUCAGAGGUCCAUCAGGUGUGAUGGGACGUUUUGGACCAGGAGGCGAAACUGGAACAGCAGGAACUAAAGGCCUGAAGGGGGACCAGGGACAAACUGGCCCCCCUGGUAAUAUAGGCCCACAUGGACCUAUUGGACCUUCAACACCAGGUUCACCAGGUGACAAAGGUGUUGAUGGCAAAACUGGGAUCCCUGGGCUAAAGGGCAGCCAGGGUGAGAAGGGCAACCUCGGCCCUCCGGCUAUCAAAGGAGACACGGGAGUAAGAGGUCAAACCGGUGCGAAAGGAGAACCUGGAACACGAGGCACAGCAGGGAAAGUUGGGAAAAUAGGGUUUGUUGGAUCUCCAGGUGUCAAAGGUCAACUUGGAGCUGCUGGUCCUCCUGGGCUUCCAGGAAGUAAAGGAAAUCAUGGGUCAAAGGGACAAACAGGCCAGUCUGGAAGGAAAGGGAGUAAAGGACUACCUGGGAAAACUGGAGUGAAAGGACCGCCAGGGAGACCAGGGCCUGCUGGAACACCAGGAAAACCCGGCCUGAGUGGAUUGGACGGCUUACUGGGGGUUGAGGGCAACGAAGGCGAUCCGGGUGAUACUGGUUUCAGGGGAGCUCCUGGGUCGCCUGGCAAGCCUGGUAAGAUGGGAAAACCUGGGCCUCCUGGGAUCAGUGGAAAUAUUGGAGCUGGAGGUUUCAAGGGUAAAACUGGACCAAAUGGAAACCAUGGACCUCCUGGACCUACUGGGCCAAAGGGUAUUCCAGGACUGAGAGGAGAGAAGGGUGAACCUGGAAGUCUUGGAACAAAGGGUCUCCCAGGUGACACAGGGGCCCUGGGACCAGACGGGCCUCCAGGGAUAAAGGGAAAUCCUGGUUUGCAGGGACUAACAGGUCCCAUAGGCCGUAAAGGAAAGCAGGGGGACACUGGUCCUCAUGGUCCACCAGGUCGAUAUGGCUACCUUGGCACUCCUGGCAAGCGUGGAACAAAGGGAGUGAAAGGCUUCCAGGGCAAGAGAGGAUCAAAAGGAGAAAAAGGAAAGCCUGGACCUCCAGGAAAACCAGGUGCUCCAGGCAAACACAGAGGACAAUCAAGUCGAGAUCAAAGAAAUGAGCUAAGGCCUAAAACCAGAACCAGUACAAAGUCUAAACUGAAAAAUGUGCCAACAUCCAGGCUCAUCUCCCUGAAGCAAAAGAAACGACAACAAAAGAGGCCCAGGUCAGUGCAGAGGAGUUUUCCUCAAAGAGAUGAGGAGGAGGAGUUGCUCAGUUUGCCCAUGGGAACUAAGGAUGAUCCUGCCACCACCUGCCAUGAGCUGGGACUCAUACACCCAAAGCUGAAUGAUGGAUACUUUUACAUGGACCCCAACCAAGGCUGCGUUUGUGACGCCCUGAAGGUGUUCUGUAACUUUACAGCAGGAGGAACAACCUGCAUUGACCCUUUAAAGUCAAAGAUUAAACUCAGAUGGGAACCAGAAAUGCAGAAAUCCACAGCUCUCCAGUGGUUAAGUCAGCAGCAUGGUGGAAGCAAGUUUGAGUAUGCUGGCAUGGAUGUUGUCCAGCUGAGGUUUUUGCGAUUACACAGCCGUACGUCUUUCCAGCACAUGACUGUCAGCUGGACAGGAAACCCCUCCAGUGCUGCUGCCACAGCUAAUUCAACUAAUAUGAUCUAUGUGCUGGGAGACUCCGGCAAAGAAAUCAGUUCGCACCUUAUUGGACUUUCCAGAAAAGAAUUUGAGAUGCACAUGGUUGUGAGGGUUCAGGGGAGCACAGAGCUCCAUCGAGGAGAUAUGGAGUUCCUACCUGUGAAAGAUCUGGGUGUAGCAAUGAGGGCGAUAGCUCACCUCAACCCAGAGAUCACAGUGGCCCUGGGACCCCUCUGCUUCUUGUGACCAGUGAGGAGUGUGUGUGUGUGUGUGUGUGUGUGUGUGUGUGAUUUAAUUAAUGAAAUAUAAAUAAAUAUAAUUUACUGUAAAUAUAAUUUACAUACAAAAAGCAACAAUAUGCUGUAUGAUAUUUCACGUUAAUCAUUUAGUAAGGAUUGGUUUACUUAGUGUUGCACUGUAUUUUAUGUAUAUUUAUUGAAUUGACUGUUCAUCAUCAUAUGAAUGCAUUCUUUCUCUUAAAUGUUUAUGUGACACAGAAAUGCUCUAAUUAAAUUGACCUUGAACUAAACUUUCCAGUGUAUUUAGCGUGUCGUCCUCCACACAGGGUAAGCACUAUCAAGAUGAGAGAGACUUUGUAAAAAGUUUCAUUCACGUGAGCUAUUUGUAUUAACCCUCAGCCUAUAGAGGAUAUGUAAACUUGGAACAGUGGUUUGCACUGUUGCCUCACAGCAAGAGAGUCCCAGAAAACCAAGGUAUUGCCUUGUUUUCUUCUUUUUGAUGCCGGUGUUUCUUGGUACUUUUAUGUUUCUCACACAACAGGAACAAGAUCAGGUGUUGGUGAUAAAUAUCUCGAUAAAUUGAAAGGUGGACCAAAAAAAUUAGUUUUUAUUUGGGUGAUAGUGACUUCUAAUUAUCCAGUAGAGUGUCUGAUUGGGAUGCACAAAUAUAAUUAUAUUAACCUCACAAACUCAUAGCAGUCAAAGCUCUGCGCCACCCUAACGGGGGCUUGGAUGAAUAAAAUGCAGAUGACACAUUUCCCCACUUGGAUUAAUAAAGUUACCUUAACCUUGAAAUAAUAAUUCCUUUUCAUUGGGUUCAUUCAGCAGUGUGAUUAUGUAAUUUAAAUAAAGAUUGUGUAGGUUAAGCUCUAAUAAGUAAGUUCUCUGCAGGUAAAUUAAGGAGCAAUUAACUACUGAUGACAGACAAUUUGCUAACCCUUGUGCCUAUUUUGAACAUGUGCUUGAGAAACAGGUUGUUUCACCCUGACACAUGGAAAAAAAUGAUGCCCACAACACGGCAAUAUAUUUGAUCAUUGUGUUUUCAGGCCUAAUAUCAGAGCAGUGAAGUUUCCCAGUUGAAGGAAGCAAGCUCAAAAUAAAGUGGGUCGUCAUUAGGGCAUUUUGAACGUUUACGGUCAUUAUGAUUGUGCAAAACCGUCAAACCACAUCACAAAGUGGCUUUCUUAUGACAGUAAAACCCUGCAGCCAUAGUGCUGAAAUGCCCAGCGUCACAGGAUUGUUUUGAAAGAAACUAUACAGAAUGAUGUAUGAAAUAAUAACUGCUAUUAAAUGCAAUUAUUUAUCAUCUUUAGCCAUUAAUACUGUUGGCACAAGACUGUUCUGCAGUAUGCCUUCAUUUGAAAUAGAUAAUGCUGUAGAUAAAAGGGUUGUUAUUUGUGUGUGUGAAAGAACUCACAAGACCAUUUUUGAUUUGUGAUUCAUCAUGCUUCCCUUAGAAGAGCCCUGUGUCUCAUUCAGAACAUAUUUUCACUGAAGUUUAUCAAAAACUUAUUUUUGAAAAUGUGUUUGCCUUUACACUCAUUAUCAUAUCUUAGUUAUGUGAUAACCAUUUUGAUACGUAAUAAAAAAAAAAGCAUACUGCCAGUCAGACUUAAAAAGUACAAAUAUUUGUAUGUAUGUAUUUAGAAAUAUGUUAUAAUAUUCAGCUGCAGAAUUUCUUCUUUAUAAAUUUGCAAACGUGGUUUUUUUUAUUAAUUUCAGGUCUGGUUACAGAGAACAGGAAAAGAGAAAAUAUCCAGUUUUCUGUGCAAAGAUUACUUAAUUAGAAACAGUAACCACUUGUAACAACCAAGUUAGACAAUCACUGGGAUACAGCAGCAGAAGACCACACCAGGUGCCACUGCUCCCACUUUCAGGGGUGUGUGUAGCUGCAUCACUCCAAUAAUUAUCUACAUUUUUAUAGUUUUUAAAAAUGAAAUGGUCACUUUGUGAAGUUGUGUGAUCCUUCCUCCUCUCCUCUGUCAUUGUAUUU